AUGAUUAUAAUUAGUCAUCAUGAUAAUAAUUUGCUUUUGAGUAGUUUAAGACAUACAUUACCAAGAACUGGUCGUGUUGUUCGUUAUAUAACACAAGUUACUCGUGAAAAGAUCUUUUUCAAUCGGAAACGAGAACUUGCUAAGUUUAAAAAUGCAUUUAGUGCUGAUCCGGAACUUCAUGUCGUUCUAGGUCCUCCUAGCACUGGGAAAACCGCAUUGAUCCAUGAGAUAACGAGUAAAGGCGAUUUCAACCCUCUUUGUAUCAACUGUCGUGAAGGACAAUUUGACACACCAAAGAAGGAUAUAUGA